CCAACUAUUCAACCCAUUUUCUCAAAUUGGAGCAGAAUCUUGCCGCAAAAAUGGCUGCUCUCUCCACUGUGGCAGCCACCUCAAAGGGCAUCAACCUGCUCAAUUACAGAGUAGGAGCCAGUUCAUCUCUCUGUACAACAAACGCACAAAAUUUGCAUAGUCAAUGGCUUGGUACUCCAAUCAAAAUCUCACUUCAGUCCAACAAUUUCAAACCAUUUCUUACAACACAUUGCGCCAUUAAAGCCGCUGUCUCCUUUAGCCUUCCUUAUGGAAAGUCAGAGGCGGCAGUAUCUAUAGAGAAAAUUCCUAAAUGGUCGUCAAAGGCGAUAAAAUCUUUUGCCAUGGGUGAAUUGGAAGCAAGAAAACUUAAAUAUUCCACUACUGGAACAGAAGCUCUUCUCAUGGGGAUUUUGAUUGAAGGGACAAAUUUUGCUUCAAAAUAUUUGAGGACGAACAGCAUUACUCUCUUUAAAGUACGUGAAGAAACUGUCAAAAUACUUGGAAAAGCUGACAUGUGGUUUUUUAGUCCCGAGCAUCCUCCUUUGACUGAAGAUGCACAAAAGGCUCUUGAUUGGGCGCUUGAUGAAAAACUCAAAUCCAGUGACAAUGGGGAGAUUACAACUACUCAUUUGCUCCUUGGUGUGUGGUCACAAGUAGGAUCACCAGGUUAUAAGAUAUUGUCUGGUUUGGGCUUCAAUGAUGAAAAAGCUCAAGAGUUGAAGAAUGUAAUUUCAGAACCUGGAUUUGUGGAUGAUUAAGAAGAGGAUUUUCGUGUUCGUGUAUUCCUUUAACCUAAACUGAGGCUCCAAAUUUGCAAUCAGAUUAGUCAUUUUGUCCCGAUUUUUUCCCCCUUC